AUGGCUAGAAUCGAACCUGCAGCCGUCCCCGGAAAGGACCAGCCCACGUUACCAAGUAGCAUGGUUUCCCAGGCGUCGCCAAUCGAACCCCAUGACAGUGAAGGGCCCGAGCCUUUUGGGAGGUCAUGGCACCACCCAGGACAGCGCCAAAGGAAGAUGAAAGGUGCCAAGGCCCUAACCCGAUCGUUGGAAGAGCAACGUGUAAACCUUCUCGAGAAAAUCAAGGAGGCCGGUAGGGACUGGCCCAACCGACCGGGAAUCAAGGAGGCGGCCCGACCGUGCUUGCGGGGCGACAAUUGGACCAUCCUUCACUGGGUUCUGUGGCGGGCAGAUCACGGCACCAAGGGCAGCGAUUUAUCCUGGAAUCUCGAGGCUUCGCUGGCCUUGGUCCAGCUCUCGUUACAACUUGAGCCCGACCUGCUGCUGGCAAAGGAUAAGAAGGAAGAUACCGCCUUGCAUAAGGCUUUGGCUAUGGCGAGUGACGCUGAGCCUGAUCAGCACUUCACCUUCGAGCAGCUUGCAAACUGGAUGUGCAAAAGCGCUGGCGAUGCUACGGUCAAGAAGGUGCUCGACAUUACCAACUCUUUUGGAGAGACGUGUGUUCAUAUCGCCGUGGUCGGGCAGCUCGAGAUCGCCAACAACCUGGUGCUGCUCUCAGACGCAAGAACGCUCUUGCGGCAGCGCCGUUCCGAACAAAAGGGCAGUGUCCAGAACAAUACCGCCCUGCACGAUGCCGUGGCAUACGAGAGGAAUAUGACUACAGAGGCCCGCUGCAAGGAGCAGGAGACAUGCCCAAAGUGUUCCGAGGCCGAACACCACAUGUGGAAGAAGCGAGAGCGGGUGCUCCAACUGGUCAAAAACUUGAUCCAAAAGGCCCCGAGCGCCUUAACCAUAAUGAAUUCAGACAACGAAUCGCCUUACCGAUAUUACCUCGCUACCAAAGCAUAUGCAACAAGCCAUGGAAAUGCUGACGCCGGAACCCAGGGGAGGACCAUACAGUCGAUUCCCGGAGUAAAGGAGGAUGGGAUGAGGUCAUUUCCCCAACCCAGAAUCGACAACGCCUCCCUUACUGGUGACAUGAAGUUGGGUAUGAAGGCGGAAAAGCCAAAGCCGGACCAGCUGCUCGGCGGCCACACCAAGGCUUCCCUGAACGGGGAGGACGGAGGAUCGGAGGAACCUGACGAGCCAACAGAACAAUGUCCGAACCCCGUUCCCUCUGACAGCAUUGUCGCAGAGGUGGAAAGGUAUUUAUUCGAGGGCGCCUUUACGCUCGGGGGUUUUGAAAAGGCGUGCGAGUGUUUCUUUGGGAAAGUCGGCGACAAGAACUACAAGGAUCCAAACUUCCGGCCAGGUCACGCCCUCGGGAUGGAGGAACAAAAAGGCUACAGCUUCUUGAAACCCCCCAAGAUCAUGUCGCUGGUCGAUCUCAUCGUCCCUGUCACAAAGCCUGAGCCACAAGAGCCGAAGACGGCGCACAGGUCGCUAGAAGAGAGCCAGCAAGAAUUCAGGAAUCUAUCUCGUACACUGUGGGAACAAGACAUGGAUGCCAUGCGCGGCGUCUUCGGGAUGCUCGCAGGCAUGGGGGUAGAGAGGAUCCUGAAGCUGAUAGUCACAGAUGACGCGGGUACCUUGACUGGAGGAAAGAAGACUUAUCAGCCCACACGGUCCUCGCCGCGGCUCCGAGGGUUGCCGAGCUAUGGCUGUACUCCAGUGGCAGGAAUGCCGUCCUCCAAGGGCUUUGAGAGUUACGAGAAAUAUAUCGAGAACAUCCAAUCGUUCGACACAAGGCUGAAGCAGAACAUUGCUCAUUCGAGGUUUAGGCGGGUCCUCCAAUGCAAGAUGGAGACCUCCAGGCACCGUCUAGUAUAUGAAGAAACCCAACAUGAGAGAGACAGUCGAGAACUUCAAAGUGUCCAGGAACAUUUGGCCGAACUCAGGGCGGAGCGCCACGAGGUUCCCAAACUGGGGGUUAAAAACGAGCAGACUGCGGAUACUGAGUCAGAUGCCGAGCUAGCAGAGGAGAUCGACGAAUAUAAGGAGGAGGAGGAAUAUCUGGUGGAUAACCUGGAAAAGGCUCAGAAGAUCAUGGAAAGGUACAGAACCACGCUCGAAUCUACGUCGAAGGAAUGCCGACAGCUGGAUCACCAGAUGGCAGACUGUCUCAACACACGAAUGCAGUCUAUUAAGGUCUUUGAAAGCAAUCGGAAGAGUCACAUCUCAACCGUGAAGGACGGAACUACAGUUGCCUUCAAGCCAAGCCCGUACCCGCCUUUAUUGGGGAAGUCACUUCAGGGCCACCAUCACACCUUCUUUCUGCUCAGCCACGGCAGCGUGGCGUCCAACUUUGACCUCAGGACGAUCAUGGAUGACCCUCCCAGAAAGAAGACAGUUGACGAUACGGAGAUCGCAUUGGAGGAAGUUGAUGAAAUAGAGGCAACUACGAAGCACCGUUGGCUUGAGAGUGUCGACCAGUUUGUCAGCAAGCUCCCGUAUGACGGUGGCCGCGGAGGCGAAACGGAUUUCCGAGUCAAAGUAGCUUUGAUCGAUGACGGUGUAGAUGCCAACCAGGACAUCUUUGCGGAUAUGUUUGGUCCAGAGGGUUGGCCGGUCCUAGAGCCAGGAAGCAAGCGCUACCCCUUUUACAAAUCUGCGGCCGGACACGGCACCGAGAUGGCCAAGUUGAUACGCAGGGUGUGCCCUAAAAUAGAGUUGUACGUGGCCAAGCUGGGUGAUUGGACCGACCAGGAGAGGGUAGAGCGGCUGGGAGAGGUAUCGACAGCUGAGAACGCUGCAAAGGCGGUAGAUUGGGCAAUUCGGCGACAUGUACACAUCAUCUCAAUGAGCUGGAGCUUGGUGAAGGUGGACGCAAACAAAGAGCAGAUUGCACUGCUCGAUAGCAAGAUCCAAGAGGCUGCCAGAAAGGGGAUUAUCAUGUACUGCGCAGCCGCGGACCAAGGUCAGUACGGGAGUGACCUGGAGCUCUACCCGGCGAGGGCAGACACAAAGCACGUCAAGGCCGUGGGGUCCGCGAGGGAAAACGGUGCGGCUUCUACGUCUGUGGACCCCUCGCAAGUCGAGUACCUGUUUCCGGGCGAGGAGAUCGAGGAGCUGGGGAAGCGAAAGGGAAGCUCCGCAGCGACGGCUCUCGCCUCGGGCCUCGCCGCGCUGGUCUUGUGCUGUUUUGAGAAGCAGCUCGGCAAGGGCGGCUCCAGUCGGAUUGCGAACCCGAAGAACAUGCACGAAGUCUUCGAGAAGCUCAAAGCGAAGGAUUCAAAGUGGGUAGAUGCAACUCGGCUGUUCAAGGAAGGCAAUACCAUUGAGACUGUGGUGAAGCUCUGUACCAAGUGGAUCACCUGA